CAUCAAGUCGAUCAGUACGUUACGGAAAUCUGCGCUAUAAUGUCACAUUUCGAGGUUCUAAUUCCAGUCGUGCUUUUCCUGCUAAUGGCCUCAGCCGAAGUGGUUGAGAAAAACUGUGGCAACUCCAAAAACAAAGUAUGUGUGCCGCGGAUUUUGUGCGACAACGGAGCUGUCAUUAGGGAUGGCCGGGCACUGUUCUCAUUUCGUACGUUGCUAGACGGCAAUGAGGGAUGCGAUACCACCGAAGUCUGCUGCGCCAUCACAGAUAAGGUUGAUACCCCCAUUGUCCCGUUAGACGUUUCCACUCCAACGGAAUGUGGACACCGAAACGAAAUGGGUCUGCAUACCACCAUGACCGACUCAGCGGAUGUGGCCCAGGUGGGUGAGUUUCCCUGGAUGGUGGCUCUGCUUCGCAAGUCGGAUAAAUCAUAUUUGAAAGCUGGAACAUUGAUUGGAUCAGAUGUAGUCCUUACCGCAGCCCAUGUCGUGUUCAAUCUCCAAGCAGGAGAGUUUUUCGUCAGGGCUGGUGAAUGGGACUUUUCAAUUGAGACUGAAUUUUAUCGCCAUGUGGAUGUCGACGUAAGGCUUAUCGAAAGACAUCCGGACUUCCAGAAAUCGUCGGGAGCGAACAAUUUGGCACUGCUCUUUCUCAGUACGCGAAUAAACCCACAGCCCCACAUCAGCCCCGCUUGCCUGCCUAGAGCGAACAGGAAUUUCGACCAUAGCAGAUGCUUUGUCAGCGGCUGGGGCAAGAAGACGUUUUCGUCCAGCUCCUACAUGAAUAUAUUGAAGAAAGUUGAGGUGCCCGUGGUUGGUCGUGAACUGUGCCAACAACAACUGAGACGAACCAUCCUCGGCUCCUACUUUGAGAUCGACUCCAGCUUAAUUUGUGCAGGCGGCGAACGGGGUAGGGACGCGUGUAAGGGCGAUGGCGGAGCCCCAUUGGUCUGUCCUCUGGCCAACGAUAACCGACGCUAUGAACAGGCUGGCAUUGUCAAUUGGGGCAUUGGCUGUGGAGAUCAGAACACUCCGGCUCUUUACACAAAUGUUGCCCUCUUCCGCGAAUGGAUUGAUCUGAAAGUUUCGGAAAAGUCAGUUUCCAGAAGUAAUUUUGAUAGUGGUACUGGAGGUACUGGCUCUGUGAAUAAUGGUGGGUGUUCGCACAAAAUCUGGUCCGUUCUUGUCGGCUCCAACUUAAAUAUCCAGAUCAAUAACCUAUCGAACAAAUCCAAAGAACCAGCUAUGAUUCCCAAAUAAAGUGCUCUGUAAACUCAAUUAUUCCCUGUUAAAUAUAUAGUCACCGAUUUAUAAAUAUAAAAUAAA